AUGGUGAGCUUCAUCAUCCUUGCUCUUGUCGUUAUCCUCGCGUCGGCAAGACCACAGACAGCAUGUAACUACAAGGGUACACAUUACUAUCAGGAUGAUGUGUGGACUGACGGUUGCCGCUACAACUGUAGCUGCAUCGACGCUUCCAUCGGAUAUUACAGAUGUAGAGACUUAUGCCCCACCUACACAAACCUGCCUCCUGGUUGCACGAUAGAGAAACAGUCAGGUGACUGCUGCGGCCAUCCAACAUGUCAGGAUUAUGUCGUAGAUAAUCACCGUCCGAUGAUAAUCUGUGGACGUGGUAUGCGAGCUUUACAUCUUCAGCCCAACCCGCAUGGUUUCCGAAGGUGUUCCCGUGUCUGAACUGGGAGAACUUGCCUAGCAUCUGCCACCUUGAGCCUCCAAGCCCAGGCUUUUGUUGCGAGCAACCCAGAUGUCCCGAUAAUGUCAUCAUCAAUAUUCCUGCUUCGUAUAAAGACCAAUACCCUGGAUGCAUCUAUGUUUAACAUUUUAAUUCAUAAAUAAUAAAACAUGUGAGACAACCAUUUGAGACAAAAUGCUCAGGAUUCUGUAAAAAAAAAACUUGCUCAUUGUUUGUAGAAUGGCCUUUUGGAUUACGAAAUAAAGUGUGGCAAAUCAUAA